UAGGAGAGAGGAGGCGGUAGAAAGGCUUAUUUUAUUGUGGGGUUUGUUCGUUAAAGGAAAAUCGAAAAACGGUUUUCUUCCUCUCUCUCUCUCGCUCUCUCUGUUGGCUUAUGGAAGACAAGUGCAGCCAUGAAAACCUGCUCGAAACGGCCAGAGCAGACCGAGCAGUUUGGCUGAUGAAGUUUCCCCCGGUGGUGUCUCGGUCAUGGAAAUCUUCCACCGACUCCACUCGUCCCCUCGCUAAGGUCGUUAUCUCCGUCGAUCCUCUCCGUUCUAGCGACGACAACUCUUCUCCACAGUUCACGAUGGAGUUGAAUGGCAGUGAAUCUGGGAAUGCACCUAAGUGUUACUCUUUGAAUAUGUCUGAAGACUUUGUACCAAUGUGUGUUUUUUCCCAGACGAGUCAAGGAAAGGUUUCAGUGGAGGGGAAAGUGCUAAAUAAAUUUGACAUGAAGCCCCAUAAUGAACACAUUGGGGACUAUGGCAAACUUUGCCGUGAAAGGACGAAUAAAUAUAUGACCAAAGCCCGACAAGUGCAGGUGAUUGAUGACAAUCGAGGAGUGCAUAUGAGACCAAUGCCUGGACUGGUUGGUUUACUGCCAUCUGGAGCCAAGGAUAAGAAGAAAACAGUGCCAGUGAAAGGAUCAGAGAUGAAAAGAACAAGAAGAGACCGUGGAGAAAUGGAAGAUAUUAUGUUCAAGCUCUUUGAGAGGCAACCAAAUUGGACAUUGCGGCAAUUGAUCCAGGAGACAGACCAGCCUGAACAAUUUGUGAAAGAUCUUUUAAAAGACCUUUGUGUCUACAACAACAAGGGAACAAAUCAAGGAUCCUACGAGUUAAAGCCUGAAUACAAGAGAGCUGGUGAGGCAGGUCCCGGGUGAAUUGGCUGCUGACUCAGAAAAACAACAUGAGAAUACGUCUACUCUAUUUUUUUUCUUUGGAGAUUCAAUCUCUACUGAUAUUUUACUGGCAAUGGGAGUUUCAAUUGACACUAACAGCAAAAUACAGACAUAGAAAAUAUUAUUUUAAAUGAUUGGUUUAUUGGCUUCUUCUCA